AUGGUAGCAAUACUAGUGAUAGUGGUUGUAGUGGUGAUUGGUGGUGGUGUUGAUGUUGUAGCUAAUAACAUGGCACUGAGAUCGAUAUUGGUGACUCUAUUUUUUGCCUACACCUUCUUUGAUUAUACAGAAUCAACUUCGGCAAAAUCUGGUGUUACCUGCCAAUUCAAGGUCUUCCCCAACAACCCGAAUCUCUAUUACGAGAUAGUAUAUAGUGGUGGCUACUUGGUGAGACAGUGUCACUAUGGCAGUAAGUUUAGCGUGUCCAGAUGUUCCUGCUCCAAUAAAACUGACACGAAACCAAAGGAUAGUUCAUCCAAGAAAAAUGGCAAGAUGAAAGACACCCGAAAGACAAGUAAAUCAGGUUUGGGUUCAAAUAAAGCUACACAACACCUACUAAAGGCUAAGAUCAUGAUAAAGAAAUUGUCAAGUCUCCACCCAGUCACGAGUACACCUGCAAGUACAACAACAAGUACAACAACAAGUACAACAACUAGACGUGGAGGAAAGUCAAAGAAAUUUGCAUCCAAGUUGGCCCAGAUGCAAUCAAUUAUCCUUACAUUAGGCAAGAACACCAGCAAAAAUGCAGCAACUAACAGCAGCAGCAGCAAACAUGCACGUGGUAGCCAUGCAACAAAUGUAGACAAGACAAAGAGUGAUCAAGUUAGUCAGACGGCCGAGUUAGCUGCAGAAGUACUUCAGUCAAAUACAAAGUCUGGGUUGGUGGUGCUAGAUGCAGACACGAGUUCGAGUAGUAAAGAUCGCAGUGCAGAAGCAUCAUCUGCAUCGAAUGAAUCCGAUACAAGCCUGUCGGCAUCUGAGGAAGAGGAGCCUGCAGGCAAGGAGGUAACCACUAAGACUCCAAUUUCAAUAAAUAAAACGUGUGCCCUAAAUGCCUAUGCUGAGGACCCCACCAAAUACUACGAGCUGGUUCCCGGACAUGGUUAUUACAUUAGGGAUUGUGCUGAGGGAUCAGCUUUCAGCCCGGUAGCCUGUGGAUGUACUAUACAUGCCAAGAGAGAAAAAGAGGACAAACCUGAGAGCAAAGACAUAUGGAAGAAACCCAUAAAGGAAGAACUAGCAACUAUCUUGCAACCACCAACCAUACUGUCUACGGAAACUGCUAAAAAAUCGGUAAAUAUAUAUACAGGCCAGCUACUGUCAAACUGGCCAACCCAUACCUGCAUGGAAGACGGAUGUUAACCCUUU